UGGAUCUAAGGGGCGCGAAUGGCGGCAGCCGCGGCGGUUACACGGGUGGGCUGGAGGCAGGGGGUCCUCCGUCUGCCCCGCCGCGGCUUCGCUUUCCACGGGUGCCGGCCAGGGCCGGAAAGGGGAGCAGAGCCCGGGGACUCCACGCAGAGCCGGGUGUCAAGAUCCUGCCCUCCCAGAAAAUCUUGCAAUGAUUGGAUUGGACCCCCAGAUAGAUAUUCAAACCUCCGACCGAUCAAAUUUUAUAUCCCUGAAAAUGAAUCUCCUUUGGAACAGCAGCUUAGAAAAUUAAGACAAGAAACACAAGAAUGGAACCAACAAUAUUGGGCAAACCAGAAUCAGACAUUUAAUAAGGAAAAAGAAGCGUUUAUUCACUCAAGAUUGAAAGCUAGAGGUCUGGGACUAAAAGACGAAACAGGUAAAAAAAUAACAUUGAAUGCAGAAGAAAUGGCAGACUUUUACAAGGAUUUCUUAAGUAAAAAUUUUCAAAAGCAUAUGUACUAUAACAGAGACUGGUACAAACGUAAUUUUACUAUCACCUUGUUCAUGGGAAGAGUGGCUCUAGAGAGGAUUUGGAAGAAGCUUGGAUUCAAACAGAAUCUCUGGACAAAGGGAUUUUACCAAGCAGUCCCAAGAGACACGACCUUUUCUGCUAUCUGCUGGAGGCUCUUCUCCUGAGGCAGAAUGAGGUUGUAUCCUUCCUUCCUGUUUACCAAGUCAGGAGAGACAAAGAGGAGCUGGAGCUGGCCCAGCCAUGGGGAAAGGAAGCACGACCAGCCUUUAGUCUUGCUGAUGUGAGGAAAUCUAGGCUUGGUAAUAACACCAUGUAUAGAAGCAUCUCAGAGCCCAAAGGACAGCAAAGGCAAAAAAAUGCCCCAGGAGCUCCCAGAUGCUCUUUGGUGAAGUUAACAAACAUUUCCUCAGUACUUGUUAUUCAUAAGGUCUUUUGUUAGUGCUGAAGGAGUGACAAGAAUGAACAAGAAAUGGCUCCUCCAAGCCCUCACAAGUUUCUUUAGAAUCCUAGACCAGAGUUGGAAGAAGCUUUUAGAGAUGACCUGACUUGCCGAGUUACUUGGGGUAUUCACUUCUGCUUCAUAGAUGUCAGUUUCCUCAUUUGUAAAAUGAGGUGACUCACAGUGAUUUCAGGAUUUAGAGCUGGAGGGCUCAUUUAGUAAAAUCCUAUUUACUUUACAAGUGAAGAAACUGAAGUCCAAACAAGUAAUCUGGCACUCUUCAGCUCGAAAAAUCUAUGAAAGGCAGAUGGGAAUGAUGUUGGUAGGGUGGUCCUCUGUAACUUUGUGACCAUAGGGAAGGACAUUAACAGAAGAGAGCCUGAAUUAUGUAAACGACCAGGAAGCCAAGCUACUCCAAAGCAAGCAGGGAGGAGCACUGACAGAAUUAUCCUGUGCAGACGUGCACCUCUUGUCAUCCUUAAGGGAUCCUGUAUUACAUGCAGUAAGCCCUGGUUGAAUUCCUUGCAUUGACAAAAUUAUCAUGACCCCACGAUUACUGUAGCCAAUCAGAAGGCCAAGUUAACCCCUGAGGUUAUUUUUCUCUUAUAAAGGAACCUACUGGUACCCGACUUUGCUAACUCCUAUUAGGAAUUUAACCUGCUUGAUGAUGAAUUCAUCAUUGUGAAUUCAUUAGGAACUUGCCCUUCCUUAUGGCAUCUUUCCCCUUAUUAAUGGCUAAAACUUCCUUUUGGAUAUUAGCUCUUUGCCAGCAGCGUAAUAAAAUCUUGUCCUUUUGAUUUGGAGAUGGUGUAAGCCUACAAAUUAUUUUGAGAUACCUCUUGUCACUGACCUGAAACCCCAAAAUAUUUUAGGAGUUUGCCCCCAUUUCCCAAUAUUUUGUGGCCCAUAUGGGGAGAGUCUUGGAACCCCAAUAUGUUUGCUGGUUCAAUGCUUCUGUACCCCAUACCUCAUCUUAUUCAAUUUGAAGUCAAAAGAUUUGGAUUUUUUUUCCUCCUUUUGCUACUCUGUGACCUUAGGGAAGUCACUCUCUUUAGAACUCAUGUCCCUACAGCCCUUUUUGUAGUGGCUAGAAACUGGAAACUGAAUGGAUGUCCAUCAGUUGGA